AUGGGAAAAAAGGGAGCAAAGAAACAAGAAACAAUUGGGGUGACGAUGAAACCAGAAGAAUUGUACGAUGAGCUCGAAAAUGGAGUAAAGAGCAUUGAACAGGAGCUAGAGAUACGAACUCGCGCUGCUGAGGAUCAUACCAGAAUAUUUCAAGAAUACAAACGAGAGGUUGAUAACGUAGAUGAAACAGGAAGGCUGAAUAGAAUGAUCACUACAAGCGUAGUAGGAGACCACGCACGGAGAUACAAGGCGACGCAAGACGUCCUCAUCCAAGAAAUCAAUUCUUUGGAAACAAAUUUGGCGGAACUCCGCGAGGAUCGAGAGAUUUGCGUCAACGAGAUGGAGGAAAUGAUCCGGGAUAAAGCGAAGGAAUACGAACUGAAGGAAAUCAAGGAACAAGAAGCUCGGGAUAAAGUGGAGCAAACGGCUGCUGAGUUCAUCUCAAUGAUGGAGGAACUCAUCACGAAACUCCAGUAA